AUGGGAAUGCUUAUUAUCAUGGAAAUGCUGUUGAGUUUUGUGAUUCUACCGCUGGUUGUCACCUUAGCAACCUUAGUUACUUGUGGAAAUUCACGACCGAAUCAUCAACUAAAAGUGGCAAAUAAUUAUCAGAAAGGACCUGAAAAGACUAAAAAGAACUUAGUGAAAAUGGAACAGUAUGGAAAGGAUAAGUCGGGAAGCAAAAGGGAAUCUAAAAAAUUAUCAGAAACGCAAAAAACACGUAGCACAGGAUCGCGAUCAUAUGAAUCGAUCUCGAAAUCACGCAAAAGGAGAAGCUCUUCCAUAAAGCGAAGUCAACAUACCGAGCCAUUGGCAUCAAGUGGAAUCAGUACUGAGGUGAAAUAA